UUAGCCGCGUGAGCUACGCAGGUCCGCUACGAGCCGCUACGGUCGCUACGUAGUCUUUACGCUAUAAUCGUAUCCUACGCUGAGUGUCUUUACCUGUCAAUAGUUAAGGUAAUCAGGAUUGUCAGUGUGUGUACAGAUUAAAGAAAGUGUUACUGAAGUUGUUCCAGCAAAUAAGGUUAUAAUCACAGAGUAGGGACUAACAAAGUGGAAUAGUUCUGAAGUAAUUAGUUCACCGUCUAAGUUGAAGACCAUGCGGGGAGGUGCAGGUGGAUAGCAUGAUAUCGCUUGCCACGGCGGCCUGAUGGCGCUUGUGCGCCGUAUAUUAGGCGACGCCCAGGCGAAACUUCGCAAGAUGGUGGACGAGCAAGUGUCAGUUGGCACAAGGGUAGAAGCGGAUGCAGAACCAGAGCCCGCAGACCCUCUCAUCACUCCAGCAUGUUCUGCACUCGAUCGAACUGACGAUCCUCGACCAAUUCCACCCGAACGAAGAUUCCUCAUCAGCACUCUUGAUAAACCUCGCAAUAGUUCGCUGAAUGGGGACAAGGAUUCUACAUUGAAUCGGUCUGCUCGAAUAUCAAUAAAAAAUGGAAAGGAAAAUCCUUUUAUCGCCUCUUCACCAGAUGACGAUAACAAAGAAAAUCAAACAAAUGGUAAACUAGAUUCACCGAUCAAAUGGUCCACUCAAAAUGGUAGUGAUAGUGGAACUUAUGCUGAGAUUGGGACAGGAGCAAACAGUAACACCAGUGAGAAAAAUAUUCUGGAUCCAGCGGACAGCUCUGAAGAAGAAGUUCCUCUACCAGAUGCUACGUCUCCGGGAAGGAGCAGUGAAGGCCCUGAGCCCAGAGCUGAUAUUACUGCAUCUCUUGAAGGAGGUUCAGGGUCCCCAGGAGGUCGGUCGGAUCGUUCCCGUCAGGACGAAGUACCGGCAUCUCCAGGAAUGUUAACAGCUGCACAGUUGGCGCGCCGACUACGUUUAGAAAAUGAGCGCCUGCAGGCGGAGCUGACAAGAGUACGACGUCUACUUGUCGCUGCGGCGGAGAGGGGUGAGGCGGGUAACGCGUUGAUAGAAAGGGCCCCCGAUGCAGAAGAGCCACCCCUUGAUCCUCAGCAACUAGAGAAAGAGCUGUUGCUUGCCAGAGAAGCUGUUACAUCUCUAAAAGCCGACAAGAAACGGCUCAAAGCGGAGAAAUUUGAUUUGCUGAAUCAAAUGAAGCAACUCUACGCCACUCUUGAGGACAAAGAGAAGGAGCUUAGGGAUUUCAUCAGGAAUUAUGAACAGAUGCGGUCUCGAAGCGGUGCGUCCUCAGCGCUGGGUGCAGAACGAGCUGAACGCGAACGCGAGCGUGCGGCAUUGUUGCGGCAUGCCCGCGACGAGGCAGAGCGCUCUUUACAACUGGCGGCCGCACUCAGCGCCCGUGAUACGCAGUUGCGGCAUGCUAGGGAACAGCUUUUUGAGGCUCGAAGACAACUACAAGCAGCAGGGUGUUUGUCCGAAGGUGAGAGUGUGGCGUCUUUGGGAAUUGGGCCUCCAAUGAUGCUUGGAGGUCCCACUGGUUUGAUGGGUGAUAGAGGUAGCUGCAGCGCAGAUUCUGGAGUUAGAGCCGCGUCAGUGACAGGUAGUAGCGAUGGUGGCGCCACGUCGGUUUGCGGCGGAAACCUAUCAGACUCCACCGCAGAGGGCGCGCCUCCCACCCUCGACCCAUACGAUACAGAUGCUGUAUCGCUGGUGUCAUCCGCGCACCCUGUAUACCAAUUAAGCACGCCCCGUGACUGUAGCCCGACUCUCUCACCACAUAACAGCGGUUCAUCAUUCACAAGAUCUAUUGAUGCUGGAUCACUAUCUAGGUCAGUUGAGCAGUUAUCGAGUCCGGGGGAAUGUGACUCUGGUAUGGUAGGGAUGCGGACCCGUCCUGGGGGAUCCAAGGCCGGCCGCGGUCGGGGAUCCGCUUGGGGAUCCAUAUCUCGCGUUUUUGCUAGAAGCAGACACCGCACCAAGUCCGGAAGCGCAGCCAGUAGUGGUCACGAGAGCGAGCCAAUAUACGCCGGCACGGGCAGCACAAGUCGCGCUUGGUCUCCUUUAGGGAGUGAGGCGGCAUUACGCGAAGCUGCCUCUCUACCUCUAUCAAGAUGGCGGGCACCAGCCAUCAUCGCCUGGCUAGAACUUGCUCUUGGCAUGCCGCAAUAUGCAGCUGCUGUUGCUGAUAAUGUUAAAAGUGGAAAGAUCCGUGCUUUGAAUGGGCAGGUUCUGCUCGAGUUGACGGACACGGAUCUUGAGGUCGGGUUGGGGGUGACUCAGCCAAUGCACAGGAAGAAGCUGCGGCUGGCCAUCGAAGAGAGACGGCGGCCGGACCUCGUACGGAACCCUAGCAUCGGACAGCUGAGUCAUGCAUGGGUUGCUGCGGAGUGGUUGCCAGAUCUAGGGCUAUCCCAGUACGCAGAAUCAUUUUUAGCCAAUUUAGUGGAUGCUAGAAUGCUGGAUACUAUCAGCAAGAAGGAGCUGGAGAAAUAUCUUGGUGUUACGAGAAAGUUCCAUCAGGCAUCCAUUGUUCACGGCAUUCAUUUGCUACGAAUCAUGAAAUAUGAUAGACAAGCACUGGCAGUACGGCGGCAUCAGUGCGAAAAUGUCGAUGCGGACCCUCUGGUUUGGACCAAUCAAAGGUUUAUGCGUUGGUCUCACAAUAUCGACUUGGGUGAAUUUGCUGAGAAUCUUAAAGAUAGCGGUGUCCAUGGUGGUUUGGUGGUACUGGAACCAUCAUUCACUGGUGAGACCAUGGCCACGGCGCUUGGUAUACCACCGUCGAAGAGUAUAAUUCGAAGGCAUUUGGUAGCUGAAUUUGAUGCCCUUGUCAUCCCAGCGAGGAAUAUGUUUGGUCACCAAAUAAGGAUGUUGGGAAGACCGUUUUCAAGAUCGGUUGCGACAGGCUUGCCUGGAAUUGACUUUAGCGCUGAUUCUAGACGACAUAGUCUAAGGGGCUCUAUAACACGAGCGUUGGGUGUUCUCAAGCCGAAGCACGAUAGACCAUCACCAUCCAGUUCAAGCGAGAGUUCUAGCGUGAUGAGUCUGACACAACCGUACAUAUCUUAUUCACCUCCUAUAGCAGUGCGGACGCUGUCUCAAUUGAGCAUGACAUACGCUCCACCACCGACACUGGCAGAGUAUGAACCGAUAUAUACGCCUUUGAGUUUAUAUUCCCAGUCUAGCGUAUCCACAAAGGAUAGCCUUCAGCGCCUUAAUGAUGGCAAAGAUUAUAAUAUCACCCACAGGUACGGACAAAAAGUAGAUCAAUCUCAUCGAGUCAGUUCACCGUUACCUGAAACAUCUGACGGAAAUAAGCAAAGACGUCACAGACGAGUGAAAAGUAUAGGAGAUAUUAAUGCUUCGAGCAAAACGACGGUUUAAACCGAGGAAAAAAUAUAUAAUAGUAAGCUACAAAUGCUUCUUUAUUAUAAGGAUUUAGGAAGAUUUCCAUCAUCAAGGGGGAUUUUUCGUGUAUUUUAGAGUAAAUCGUUUAAAAAAUUAGGCAAUAAUAGAGGAUUGGCAUUAUACUCGAUAAAUAUUUUAAAAUUUAAUAGUCAUAGUCAUCGUGCAAAGUAUAUGCUAUGUGUAUCCGAAUCUUAAAAAAUGUACUAUGGAAUUAAAAUUUGUUCUUUUCAGUUAAUUUAGUUUCUAUAAGUACACAUUACUAAUAAAUUUUAAUAUUGAGAACCAUUCAUGUAAAUCUUUUGAAUAUCAAGGUUCCUAUACCCGUUAAGUGUUUUUAAAGUCAUAUCAAUUUCAAAUCAGACAACCUAAUAGACUGAUGACUUAUAUCAAAACUAAGUUUUUAAUUAUACCUUAUAAAGUUUUUAAUCUUUACUUAAUAUUUUUAUAUAUUUUUUUUUUAUUUUGUUUUGAAGCUGUAUUGUUACUAUACACUGUGAUAAUAAAAUAACACACACUUAAGCAUCUUAUUUUGAUAUGAAAUUUAAAUGGUAUUAGUCAAUUUGUAUGAAUAAAUAAUUUUAAUGUUCAUUGCAAACGAGCUUGAAUUUGUAAU